AUGGUCCCAAAAGUGCUCACUGACGACCAGAAAUUGCGGCGAGUGGAAGUGUGCCAAGAAAAUUUGAACAUGUGUGAAAGUUACCCCCAAUCUUUGAAUAACGUAAUCACAGGUGACGAGUCGGGGAUCUUUGAGUAUGAUCCCGAGAAAAAGAGGCAAUCUUCCGAGUGGCACACGCCGGUGUCUCCUCGCCCAAAAAAGGAAAGAAUUAGCAAAUCUAAAGUGAAAACGAUGAUCAUUGUCUUUUUUGACAUCAAAGGCAUCGCCCGCCAUGAAUUUGUUCCUCCUGGACAAACCGUCAACGCCAAGUUUUACGGGCAAAUGCUCAAAAGACUCAAACGAAGGGUCAAUCGGGUCUGA